CACUACUAUAUAACAAAUAAUUUGAGCUUAGAACUCGGAAAGUAGUGAUACAAAAUGGACGUUUACAUCAUGGUAAGGAGAAAGAAGGCUACAAUCCUUACAGAUGCAAAGGAAUCGUCGACAGUGGCUGAACUGAAGAAAAUUAUCGAAGGGCUUCUGAAAUGCGGAGUUGAUGACCAGCGACUGCUGUUCGAUGGUCUUAUUCUGGAAGAUGGUAAAACUCUUUCUGACUCCGGUAUUACAGCAAAAAAUGCUCAAGCAAUGAAUCCAGCACAGUUGACUUUAUCAAUCAGGAAUGAAUCGGACGGAGAAUUCGAGGAGGAGGCAGUUGAACCCUACUCCGUACCACCAGAAUUACCAGAAGCCCUCAAACAACAAGACCCGGCAUGUUGAACUGCCAAACUUUGAACAGAAUAUAGGCCAUCCUUUGUAAAUAGUAGUAAUCGGGCGGUUUACUGAGUUUUGAUAUCACUGGUUCCGUCACAUUUGCCAAUUUCGAGACAGAAGGUUUUAUUUUACGAUAUUUGCAGUUAAAACUGCCUAUAAUUUGAGGUGUUUAUCUUUCUUCUCCAUAUUUUUAGUGUUACUGGUAACUCUAAAAACCUUAGAGUGCUAUUGUGGCUAUUGUGGUGAUAAUUUUUCAAGAUCAACAAUAUUGAGUUAUAUAUUUGUUACCAUCCUUUCGAUAUUUAUAGCUGAAAUA